UUUGCCAUCUUGAGAGAAUUUUUCCUCCAUCAUUUUUCGAUAUAAUGGAGCACUUACCCAUUCACCUAGCUGAGGAAGCAAAGAUUGCCGGUCCGGUGCAAUAUCGAUGGAUGUACUUUGUAGAAAGGUACCUUAUGACGCUUAAAUCAUACAUGCGUAAUCGAAGUCAUCCUGAAGGUUCAAUUGCACAGGGAUACUUAGUCGAAGAAUGUAUGAUAUUUUGCUCAAGGUACUUGCAUGAUGUUGAGUCGAAAUUGCAUCGACCAUUAAGGAAUUGCGAUGUUAGUGACAAUCCUGAGAUAUUAAUGGGGCAGACUUUAGGAAAAGGAAAAGGGUUUGUGCUUGAUAACACAACAUGGGUACAAGCUCAUCGGUAUAUGUUAUUUAACAUUGCUGCGGUUGUCCCAUAUCAAGAGAAACAUCGUGAAUUUAUUAAGCGGUCACAUCGUCGUCUCAGAGAUUAUGAUGUGGAUCGUCAUCACAAUGAUGAGUUUCCCAGAUAUUGCUGA